AUGACGUUCUCGCGACUAUUCACAACGCUAUGUGCUAUCGCGCUGGCUACUGCCCCGUCGCUAGCGGUAGAGAUCUCCACUGACGUCGUCGCGGAGAUUCCACAGCUCGGUUUGGGUACUUGGCUUUCUAACCGUGACAAUGUUGCACAUGCGGUAGAAUAUGCGUUGAACACGGGGUACAAUCACAUCGAUGCUGCCUGGAUUUACAGAAAUGAGGACAAGACUGGCAGGGGCAUCGCGGCCUCUGGAAUUUCUCGCAAGGAUAUCUGGGUGACCAGCAAGCUCUGGAACUUCCAUCAUCGGGCGGCAGAGGCGCAUACCGCCAUCGCCACGACUAUUGAGAACCUCGGUGUUGGUUAUCUGGACUUGUAUCUGAUACACUGGCCGGUGGCUUUCGUACCAGGUGAGGGCAACAAGCUCGAUAAAGAAACCACCCUCGUGGACACCUGGAGGGUCCUGGAAGAUCUCGUCCGGGCAAAUCUCACACGGUAUAUCGGCGUUUCCAACUUUGCUAAGAAGGACGUGCAAGCCAUCUUGGACGUCUGCGAGAUUUGCCCAUAUGCUCAUGAGUUCGAGACUCACCCAUAUCUGCAGCAGCAGGACUUUGUCGACUGGCACAAGGAAGUCGGACUGAAAGUUAUCGCCUACUCGCCGCUGGCCAAUACGAAUCCGAUCUACCACAAGGACGUGACGCCUCUGCUCAAGAACCCGUUCUGGGUGGAUCUCGCGGCUAAGAAGAACGCCACCGUUGCACAAACCGCGAUUGCUUGGGGUUUCGCAAGAGGUACUAUCGUUAUCCCGAAGAGCGAGCAUGAGAAGUACCUGGACCAGAAUCGCGAGUCACAGGAGAUCACUUUUACCAAGGAGGAAUUGAAGGAGAUCGCUAAGCACGACAAAAAAAUCCGCUUGAGCAACCCGGGCAAGAACUGGGGCGUCCCACUGUUCUCUGAUCUGGAUGACCCUUCUACGGAAGCUGCGGGUGAGCAGUCCAUUGGAGAGCUGUAA